AUGAGGUUUGAACGAUUAUACGCAUGUCGUGCUUGUUCUUACGUUACGUCAAAUCCAAGAGUGUUAUUACACCAUCGCCGAGAUCAUCACUCAGAAGAUUUGUUAAUUUAUGAGUGUACAUUAUGUCAAUAUGCAAGCGAAUACAACGGAAAAGUUGAAAGACAUUUAACAACAUGGCAUAAACUGGAUAAAAAUGAAUGCAAAACAGCUGUACGAAAAUGCCGUGAAAACGAUACAAAUGUAUGUUUUCAAGUACCGGAUCAUACGGCGAGUAAUGCUGAUUUUCCAACACUGGGUUAUAUGGAAGAAUCACUAACUGAUAAUAAUAAUUUGCAACAAUAUAAUAAUGGUCAAUUGACAAGCACAACAAACGCCGAUACCAGUCAAUUAUUGAUACCAACAGAUGAAAAAAAACAGGCUAAUAAUAUUCAUGAUCGUUUUUCACUACCAUUAUCAACACAACCAUCAGCAACAACCGUUACAGCAACGACAAAUAGUUCUAGUAAACGAAAACCUAAUGUGUUACAUUCGAUAUUGAGUCAACAAAGACCAAUAGCUCCAAAAAUGACUAAUAAUUCAUUUAGUCAAAAGCAUACAAAUAUAAGCAAAGGAAUACCAUCUGUAUCAUAUGGGCAGUCUACUCAUUCUUCUACUCCUCGCCCUUUGUCAGCAUCUAUAAAAUUACUAGCACAAACAGCUCAUGGUCAAUCACCACCCGUACCAAAAUUUAUUUCGGAUCAAUUAUCACCGACAACAUUUUCCUCUCCAUCAUCGGCAUCUUUUUCAAUGCGUCAACAAGAACAUCGAAAAAAUUUCUUAUGUACAUUGUGUAAUCUUACGUAUAAAAACUUUCAUGACUGUACAGCACACAUUAGGAAAAAACAUGAAAUAACACACGCACAAGCGGGACGUUAUGUCAAAAAAUUGCAAUCAGAUAAUAUAUCGACGUCUAUUCCUCACACUACCAACAAUCUUCAUGCUGAGAGUAAUCGUGAGUAUCAUACGAACCCACUACCACGUCUAUCAAUACCACAAUUGCCCUCACAACCACCACCUUUGAUAAAUGGUUCAUCCGCACGAUCAUCAUUUCAAGUUUCACCAUUUCAACAACAACAACCGGACGUGAAUAGCAAAACGUUUCGUUGUAGUUAUUGUCCGUAUUCAAGUGGCUGGUCAAAAGACAUACAAAAGCAUCAACGACGUAAACAUCCGUUAUUGUCACCCCAUAUAAUUAAAAAUGAAUUAAUAAAUGGUGAAGCGAUACUAUCAUCCAACCGCGACGAACCGUUAUCUAAUAUAAAAUCCUCUCCGCUAUACAGUGGUUUGUGGAAUGAUGUGUCGGUUUUGAAUGAAAUACAAGAUGAUAAUGAUAUUGAUGAUGACGAUUUGGAAGCGAUGGAUUUGAAUGGUGAUUUUUCAUCAAUACCGGAAGACGAACAAAUUGUUGACGAAGAAGACGAGAUUUUAUGGAAAUUUCAACAGAUUCCGGGUCUUCAAUCACCACGAUCAUCAGAAAACAAUAAUAAUGUAUCAUCGAAUCAAUACGAUACAUCAUCAUUAGCAAAACGUUUCAAAAAAUUUCGUUGUCCUCAUUGUGACCAUAGUGCACCAACAUUAACUAAACUGAAACUCCAUGUUUCCACACAUAUUAAUAUAAAACCGUAUAUGUGUAGUUUAUGCGGAUGGAGAGCUAAUUUACGAUGGUAUAUUCAAUGUCACGCAAAAAAACGUCAUCCAAACAUGAAUUUUGAAGUAUUACAAUUAUCAAAUGAAGAAGCUGAACAAACAAUUGACGCUUAUAUGAGAGAACGUGGUUUAGACUCAAAAUUAUUUGGUAGUCACGAUUCGAAACGACGUUUUCAAUGUUCUGUGUGUCCUUUUCGUUCGAGUCAUCCAAAAUUUGUUGAUCAACAUAUUCAGAAUAAUCAUCCCAAUAAAGCGUACUCGAAAAUGGUUAUAUCGAAAAAAAAAUUCCGAAAACCACCCACAACAUUUGGACAAUCAAAUGGAAGUAAACAAAAUGAAAACAUUCCUUCUCGAAAUGAAAAUAUUGAUGAAACGUUACAGAAAUUCAUGAUACGACUGCCUCGAAAAUCCAAUGAUCAAUCAAAAACUGAACAUUCGCCUGCACCCACGUCACCACUUCUAUUUUCACAACCUGCAGACCAUCAUCUUCCAAUUCCUCAGACGAAUGCCGCCAUAUUUAUUAAUUCUGAUGGUGAUUAUGUAAACAACGAGACAUAUGAUGAUAAUAGUAAUGGUAGUUUAUACAAUGUGAAUCCAACGACAUUAUCUCCGAAUGCAUCACCAUCGUUGUCAAAACAUCAAAAUGACUAUUUAACAAAACCAUUGUAUACAAGAACAAAUUUACAACCAGAUGGUACGAUAACAUUGCCGGAUCAAUCAAAAAUUGUUUAUAAUAACUUUUCGUUGCAUUCUAAUUUUAAUCCCAAUCGUUUAUUUUAUUGUGCAAUAUGUUACCGAGGUUAUCGAUGGCGAUAUGAUGUUAAACGGCAUCAUAAAGCGUUACAUGGUGAUCCAGAAGGAGAAAUAUUAGAAUAUUGUGCACAACUUGAUGCAUUGAUACCAUCCAGUUCAGCGUCAACAGCCAGUACAACAGCUCAACACACAGCAGCAGCUAUGCAGGUAAUGCAAGUUUUAAGAAAUUUUGAUGAUGAACCAAUUAUAGAAGACAAUGAUGGAAUCCAACAACAAUUUAUGGUCGACGAUAAUGAUGAUUUUAAAUUGAAUGGACAAUCGUCAGCAAUACAACAACGGGAGGAUAUAUCAAUAAUUGAUGACAUAUCUGAUCGAGAUAAACGUAUUGUAAGUCGUAAUCAACGGAUGGGUGAUCUGACGAAUAAUCCCCAAUUUCCAGCACACUAUUUUAAUCAUUCACGAAAACCAUUACAACAACAGGAACAGAAAGUACAACAACCACGUCCGAUUGUCUCCUCCAGACAUCAUUUAUCAAAUGGAAAAGUUGCUAUACCAUCAACGGGCGCGUUUAAACAACGUAUUACUUAUGGAUUUAAACCAUUCAAAUGUCCAUACUGUUUCUAUCGUACAAAUUGGCGAACAGAUGCAUUACGACAUAUUCGAGCUCGACAUAAAAUCGAACCAGAACAUGAUGGUUAUUAUGAAUUAUCAACUGAAGACGCUGAACGUACAUUUGAAGACUAUGAAAAUACAUUUGGUUUUGUUGUUAGCAAAAAAGUGUUGGGUCGUUAUACUGAAUUUCGUCACAUGGAAUGGCCUGAUUUACAAAAAAUGAUUUAUGAUCAGAUAAAAGAUAAACAUGGUUAUGAACAAAUUAUACUCGAACGUUUACGACCAUCAGAUUAUCCACCUCUGGCGCCAUCGCAAAUGGCAUUAUCGACAAUACAAGCAACAAUGGUUCAAUCAAAAUCGUUUCGACAAAGAUCAUCAAUCAUGGCAAAAAAUAUUGGUAGUAGUGGAACAGUAGUAAAAUCAUCUAACAGAAAUGUAACAGUUCAGCAACAACAACAAUUUGUACCAUUAAGACAUAAACGAUUAUUCACUUGUAAUGAAUGUGGUUAUAAUUCAUCAAAAAUUCUUGAAUUAGAAAAGCAUACAUGUAUAGAAUCAAUGGAUAUAACCUCAAAAUUUAAUGAGCAAUCAGUUUUUAAUCUAAAAUCUGAACGAUCAUUGUUGAAUGAAACUAAUAAUUCGAAAAAUGUGAAACGGAAAAAGUUAAAUAUAACAAUUUUUAAGUGUACAAAAUGUUUAUAUCGUACAAUUAGUCAUUUUUACGCUAAACAACAUAUUCAAUUACAUCAAUCCAUGAAACAUAGUUGUUAUUAUUAUUGUUCACAUUGUGGUUAUAAUUCCCAUUCACGUUCAAUUAUUUUAUUACAUAUCAUUCAAAAACAUAGCUUAACAUCAACAGCACGAGUUAAACCGUUUGGAUUAGCAAAAUAUGCUGAAUUUCAAAUAACACAAACAAUAAUUAUCGAAAAAGAAGAAAAACAACAACAGCAACAAGAACAGCAACAAUUUCGAAAUGAAAAAUUGUUUAAUUGUUUAAAUUGUCCCUAUGUUUCAAUGUCGUUGUUAGAAUUUACUCAACAUCAACAAUUUCAUACAAACAAUUUUACAUUUCAAUGUCAAUAUUGUAAUUUCUCAUCACCAUCUCAACUGUAUUGUCGUCAACAUGAAUUAUUACAUUUGGCAACAACAAAGGAAGAAUAUAAUCAAUUGUUUUGUUUGAAAUCAUUCGGCAAAUUAUCGACUCCAGUGGAAAAAUCAUUCCAACAAUGUAUUUCCACUAAUGUUAAAUUGAAACGAUUGGGAAUGGCAACAAUUAUUAAAAAAACUUUAGAAAAACGACCAAGACGAAAAUGUCCAUUUUGUAUCAACUACUCAUCAAUUAAACCGUCAGACAUCAUCGAACAUAUCCAAAAUAUUCAUUUUAAUGAUGAUUUAUCAACGACAAAAUCUGAUUUAUUAUUUGGUUAUGAUGCAAUUAGAGAUAUUCUCACAUCAUUUGGUACUAAUGCACAAUCAUCUGACGGUGGCGAAGAACAACCUCAAGAUGGUAGUAGUGAAAAUAGUGAAAUGGACGAUAAUAAUGAUCAACAACAACAAGAAAAUGGAGAUGAUAGGGAAAGUAUUACUGAUGGAAAACAAGAGAAUAGUAUUUCUCUAUUGACAGUGUGA